AUGGCAAAGAACAUUGAGAAGAGAGGCAAAAUUGGCAGGAAGAAAGAGUUCACCUUUAGGCACAUUAAGUUGGUGAAAUCUCAAGGAAGCCCUAACGAAUGCAGAAAGCAGGAGAAGAGACUGCCGGAAGGAGGGCUCAACUGUGGUACUUGCCAGUUAGAGGAUCGCAUGGAGUCAGCCGAGUUCCCAUCGGACCUGGCAACACAGAGGCCACUGGGAGUCUUCACAAGGGCUUUCAAGACCUCACCUCUGACAUGUUUUACUGAACACAAGAUCAAGGCCUGUUUUCAUUCUUCACGACUACUGCUUUUAAUCUGUCUUGUUAGGAAUCUCCAACAGCAACAGCAGACAAAGGAUGCCUUGAGAAAAGUAGAGUCAGGAGAAGCAAGGAGGAAGCUGAAACUGAACAGAGAGAAGCAACGAAGAGAAGCAGAAACUGGCCGUGGCAGAGCCCCUCUCCCAGAGGGAGCCUCCCAGGGGAUGGACAAGCUGGACAGCAAUGCCUCCAAGGAAGAAGGGUUUUGCCAGCUCUCGGAGGACUACAAGCAAAUCUACCUCUCCCUGACCUACAGUAUCAUCUUUGUCCUAGGGCUGCCCCUGAAUGGCACUGUCCUGUGGCUGUCCUGGUGCCAAACCAAGCGCUGGAGCUGUGCCACCAUCUAUCUGGUGAACCUGAUGGUGGCCGAUCUGCUCUACGUGCUGACGUUGCCCUUCCUCAUCGUCACCUACUCCCUGGGGGACAGGUGGCCCUUCGGGGACCUGCUCUGCAAGCUGGUGCGCUUCCUGUUCUACACCAACCUCUAUGGCAGCAUCCUGCUGCUGACCUGCAUCUCCGUGCACCGCUUCCUGGGCGUGUGCCACCCGCUGCGUUCGCUGCCCUACAGGACGCCCAGACACGCCUGGCAGGGCGCCGCCGCCACCUGGGCCCUGGUGGUCCUCCAGCUGCUGCCCACCUUGGCCUUCUCCCACACGGACUAUGUCGACGGCCAGAUGAUCUGCUAUGACAUGACCAGCCCGGAGAACUUCGAUCAGUUUUUCACCUACGGCGUGGUGCUGACCCUGUCCGGCUUCGUCCCCCUCCAUGGUCAUUUUGGUGUGCUAUUCGCAGAUGGUCAGGAGCCUGACCAAGCCACGGGAGACCCUCAUGGGGACGGGCAAUGCAGCCCGAGCCAAGUCCAUCCGGACCAUCCUGCUGGUGUGCGGCCUCUUCACCCUCUGCUUCGUGCCCUUCCAUGUCACCCGCUCCUUCUACCUCGCCAUCCGCUUCCUGCUCUCAGAGGACUGCCAGCUCCUGGAGACAGCCAGUGCGGCCUACAAGAUAUGGAGGCCCCUGGCAAGCCUGAGCAGCUGCCUCAACCCGGUCCUGUACUUUCGUCAGGGGGUAACAACAGAGUCAAGCUGCUCCAGAAACUGAGGCAGAACCGGGUGGCGGAGCACCCAGCGGGAGCCAGGCAGAGAUGCCCACGGGGGUGCAGGUCUGGAUUCUGCCACGGUGAAGUUUGGGGAAAGGGAGCUCCAACCUUGACCACGGCUUGUCUGAACGCAGACAAGCACCAGUGGGAGGGGCUCCAGACCUCCUAG